UAUUAUUUGCGACAUAACGGAACGCCAUACGACUGUGUGUAAGCUGAGCGGUUAACUGUAGUCACAGGAAGGACAAAGAAAAGGAGACGUCUCUUCAGUGUCACGUCGCUUUUGUAAAUAUACCCAACAAAUGAACACAUUGUGACAGACCACCUCGUUUCUAACAUGGCCAACCCUUUAAAGGUUGAGGUCAUUCGGCUUUACAAAACACUGCUGUAUCUUGGCCGUGAGUACCCCCAGGGAGCAGCUUACUUCAGAGAGCGCCUCAAGUCAGCUUUCAUGAAGAAUAAAGACGUGACAGACCCUGAGAAGAUCAAAAAGCUGGUGGCCCGUGGCGACCAUGUCAUCAAGGAACUGGAGGCUCUUUAUUUUCUCAGGAAAUACAGAGCCAUGAAGAAGAGGUAUUAUGACCCAGAGCCGUAAUCACACACACACACCGGCAGCUGAAUUGUCCUGCAGGCUGUGAGACACAUACACAAAAUGUUCUAAUAUUUGUCAUAUUAUGCAACAGUGUGUUACUUUCACACCUCAGUUAAUGAGAUGCAGCUCACUUCACAUGCUGUUCACUCUGCAGAGAUGAGAAACUCCCAGCAGUUGCCCAUACAGUAUAUGAAAAACAGAGUCAGCUUGCCUCACAAAGAAAAUUGAAGGAAGUGCCAGAAAAUGUCCACAAUGAAGCUGUUACAGAAUGUGCUUUGUGUUUAUGUUUUAAAAUC